AUGAUAGAUAUUGAAGACACAACAAAUGCUGUAGUUAUAGAGCCCCAAGUGAAUCAAUGGAAACCAAGGUUUAAGAUGGAGUUUGAUACGGAACAAGAGGCAUACGAAUUUUAUAAUGCAUAUGGGGGUAGAGUUGGAUUUAGCAUCCGGAGGGAGUAUUUUAAUAAUAGCCGUAAAACUGGGAAACUUUUAACGAGGUUGUUUACUUAUUGCAAGGAGGGUGCUAGGAAGAAGGAUAGAAGGGACAAAUAUACAAAGACUCCGCGAGCUGAAACAAGAACUGGUUGCUGUGCACGAAUGCAUAUUAAAUAUGAUGAAGCAAAGGGAAAGUACUUAGUUGAUAAUUUUGUAGAUAGUCACAACCAUCCCUUGAUAAUUGAUGAAUGCACCCACAUGAUACCGUUGCAGAGAUGUAUUUCUAGCGUCCAGGCCAUUGAUGUGGACUUGGCUUCAGAUUCAGGAAUUGCAGCUCGUAAUUCAUAUGAGUUAAUGGCAAGGCAAUCUGGUUGUAAAGAAUCAUUGGAUGCUGAACAGAUGAUAACCAAUAAAUUCUGGGCAGAUCCUAAAAUGAUAACUGAUUAUGGCCAUUUUGGAGAUGUUGUAACUUUUGACACUACAUACAAACUUGUACAUGGCAACUGUCCCUUUGCAUUAUUUUUGGGUGUUAAUCAACACCGGGAGAUGGCUGUAUUCGGGGCAGCCCUUAUGUAUGAUGAGACAGCAGAUUCUUUUGUGUGGUUAUUUGAUACUUUUUUGAAAGCGAUGUCCGGAAAGACACCAAAGACAAUUUUGAUUGAUCAAGAUGCAGCAAUGGCGAAGGCUUUGAUGCAUGUCAUGCCUGGUACAAAACAUCAUCUAUGUACGUGGCAUCUAAUGCAAAAUGCACAAAAGCAUGUUGGGUUCUUGUUUAAACAUGAUGAACGCAUCAAAAAUGUGAUAUCUAAAUUAAUAUUCGAAAUUGAGGAGGAGGAACAAUUUAUGUCAGAAUGGGAUUCAAUGCUAAGGAUAUAUGAUCUUGUUGGUAACACAUGGCUUGAGCAUUUGUUUAGCUUGACACAUAGAUCGGCCAUGGCAUUCGUUAAAUAUACAUGGUGUGCGGGAAUGCGCAUUAUGCAAUUGAGUGAAAGUUUCAAUACUCGCUUGAAGGAAUACUUAUCGAGGCAACUCAUUCUUCCUGAUUUCUUCACCCAUUUUGAGAGGCUGUUGUCGGAUAAGCGUUACAAGGAGUAUGAAGCCGAGUACCGUUUGCUGCAGAGGCUUCCGCAAGUUAAAUCAAAGUGUGACAUGUUACUUAAAGCGGGGGAGACAUACACAAAAGUUAUAUUUCAGCUUUUCCAGGAAGAGUUUUUAACAGCUUGUGUGAGUGAUAAUGUUAAUAGUUACAGUGACAUGGAUAACAAUGGACAACAUGUUUAUAAAGUUACUAGUCGUAAUGGGAUGCAACGUUCUAUGACUUGA